AUGAAUUACUGGCGGCCCUCCAGUCUCAAGGCUACCUGCGCUGGGGAGACAAAACCGAGAAUGCUUGCAAUUGAGCAGGGCGUUGAAGGCGUGCAUUCAGUUCUACGAAUGCCUCCUGGCUUCAGUGCUAUCAAGCGCGCACCCUUGCACUCCACUGUUUGGCCCUGGCUUUGCUCGUCACAUCGCUGGAUGAGGAGUGAAGCCGCAUGGCUCAUACGAGCGGAGGAUUCCGAUAGGAAAGCGCUCGUUCUCAAGGACAUGACGAUAGGAGUCCGCGUCAUGGGGAAGCAAUGUGACGGCCAGCCAUCUUCCCCCUCUAACCGGAUGGUGCGGGCCAGAAGAGCAAAGAGGAAUGCGUCUGACACCCUGUCAUACGUAAACUGCUCCGGAGGUGCUCUAUCACCACAGAACCGUCCUUUCACUCUCAUAUCCGAUCGGUCGCUCUUCGGCCUCAAUUCCGCACACUUCCUUUCAUACUGUCCAUUCCAAGGAACGGGAUACGAUUUCCUGAACUCGGGAAAGAAUAUCUUUUCCGUGGUGUCCUCCGCCGGCAAACAACUCAGCCAGAAACAUGGCUAG